GGUUGAAAUACCAACAUCAAAUUCUUUGAAAAACAAACAUUCUUCCCACUUUGAUUCACUUCAUCGGGAUAGUUCUGUAGAAUUAUGCCACUUUACGAUUCUAAUGCGAAUUAUGGAGGGAGUGUAAGUCACAGGUUCCUGGUGCUAGCUUGCCUGAUGCUUCGUGGUUCAUCAGCUGCUUCAGGGUUCUUCCUUUGCUAGAUGCUACUUCUCUUGGCGUGGCUGAUAAAGAGUUCGAAGAUUCACAAUGGCGGAGACAAGCUCUGGUUCUCUUAACACACCUUCCACCAUCAAUCCCAUUGAUCACCUUCCUCUCGGCCUUCACAGAUCCGAGAUCGUCACCCCUGCCCCCACUGGUUCCCAAUCCACCAUCGACUGGCUUCCGGAUUUUUCCGGGUAUUCAUGGAUCGCCUACGGAGCGGCUUCACUCUUAGUCAUCUCCCACUUCCCCUCUCCUCUCUCUGCCGAAGAAUCUCAUAUUGGUCCCAUUUUAAGGCAAGUCUUCGAGCUCUCCAGCGACCCCUUGUCUGUCGUGGCCGCCGUUUCUUGGUCUCCGGGGACGCCAUCCAUUGGGGAGCUGGCGGCUGCAGCUGAAAAUUGUAUCUGGCUUUUCUCGCAUGAUUCGUUCAAGUGUAAAGGUUCUUUUUGUUGGAGCCAGAAUGCAGUGCUUGCACAUCAAAUGAAGGUUGAGGCUAUCAGAUGGACAGGGUCUGGCAACGGAUUAAUAUCUGGCGGUAUGGAGGUGGUUUUCUGGAAAAAGAGCAACAGGUGUUGGGAAAUAGUAUGGAAGUUUAAAGCAGAUGAGCCCCAAACUCUUGUUUGUGCAGCCUGGUCCAUUGAUGGCCCUUCAGCAACUGCAGCACAUCCUAAUAAACAGCAUAUUGAAGAAGAGUCUUUAGUUAAUAAGGUAAGCAAAUGUGUGUUAGUGAGUCAAAGCAAUGGACUUUCUGAAUAUUCAAAAUCUGAGCUACAUCAUCCUCUACCUGUCACAAUGAUUCAAUGGAGACCAUUGAGAGGAAUGCCAUCAAACCGGAAAGGGAGACACUCAGCUAGGCAUGUAUUGCUGACAUGUUGCUUAGAUGGAACUUUAAGGUUAUGGAGUGAGGGUGAUGAUGGAAAAGCGAGGAAGACUCGCUAUUGUGUUGUUUCUGUUAUUGAGAUUAACCAUGCCUUGAAUGGAACUCUCGGUGUAGAUAUAUUUGUGACAUGGGGAACAGAAAGUGGAGGGAUAUUUAAAAUUUUUGAAGGAACCAUCCAAGUUUUCUCCAAAGAAGGAUUUGACCAUGAAGUUGGACCAUGUGAUUGGUUAGUUGGAUUUGGUCCUGGAAUGUCACUUAGCUUAUGGUCCAUCCACUGUCUUGAUGACCUCUCCCCCCUUAGAUUUCCCCGAGUUAAGUUGUGGAGGAGACAUGAACUCAGUGACCCUGAAACAGGAAAUCUUUACAGGUUCAACUCAUCUGAUUUCAGAAAAGUAUUACUUCUGAAUAAAGUCAUUUUAUUGAGGAACCGCUGGUCUGGCCCUCCAGUUACAUGCUCUCUAGUCCAGUUAUUGCCAUCUAAUUCCUUAAUCCGGUCAUUUUUUUAUAUUCAAUCACUAAAUGAUGCUGCAGAAAACUCCCUUGAUAAUUCCAACACUGAGAACGUCUCACAUUUGAAAGGCGGAGUUUUAAAUUUGGAUGGUCAUGUUGGGAGAAUUUUAAAGGUUUCUAUUCAUCCUUGUACAUAUGAAGUUCAACUUGCUGCUUCUCUGGAUUCUAAUGGACUGCUACUUUUUUGGUCACUUUCUGGGAUUUCAAACUGCAUGGUGGGAUGUCCAACUUUGGUUCCCACUUGGCAACUCUGUGGAAAGCUUGUAACUCAAGACUGUUGUUCCAUAUAUACAAGCUUGAGGUGGGCACCUUCAGUAUUUGAUGAUGAAAAGGUUCUUUUCAUGGGACAUGCUGGAGGCAUUGAUUGUUUUAUUGUCAAAUUUUGUCAAACUGAAGAAGAAAACAUGCACCACCACUACUUUUGCUCUAUACCUUUCAGUGGUCAUGGUCCUUAUGAGCAUGGCCCUACUGAUAUCUUUGCAAUUUCUUUGGACUCCACUUGUAAUAAAACAUUUUCUGACCAUAAGUUUAUGCUUUUGGCAAUUUGGAUGCGGGGAUUUCAGGCCCUGUCAUGGGAAAUUACCUUGCACUCAUUUGACAUGUCAACAAGCUAUUGUGAAUGCAAUUUUGAUGCUAAGAGUCUUUCUGACAACAGUAUGUGGGCAUUUGAAAGUACUUUUGCUGGUAAAAGAUACUGCAUUAGGGUCAAUCCUUGCUCAUCUGAGUUUCCUACUACUGUUACUGAUGGUCUGGUUACUAGUUUUGCUGUGGCUUGUCCGCCUACUGUUAGCCAAAAACAACAAAAUUUUGGUUUCGCAAAUGAUCAUUGUAGUUGUCAUCCUGCAUAUACCCUCGUCACAGGCUGCUCUGAUGGUAGCUUGAAACUGUGGAGUAGUACGCCUGGUAACAUAUCAACCUUGCACUUGCCAUGGGAGCUUGCAGGUACGUUUGCUGCACAUAAAGGUCCCAUCGAUGGUAUAUGUUUGACUGAUUAUGGUCAGAAGAUUGCUACAUUCUGCAACAGGAGUAAUUCAAAUGCAGUUAGUGCCAUCCAUAUAUGGCAUGCUGUAAACCUGACCAGUGCAGGGACUUUUAUUUUGGAGGAUAAGCUAACCUUUGAUGGUGACGUUAUUACUUUAAACUGGUUCACUUUGGGGACUGGUCAGUUAUUGCUUGGGGUUUGUUUGCAAAAUGAAUUGCAAGUAUAUGCUCAGAGGCGUUAUGAUGGUUUGACUUUGUUAACAUCUGGAAACUUUUCCAAGAUGAAUAUAUGGGUUUGUGUUGCAUCUGCUCAUACUCCCCUUCCCAUUAAUGAUUUCUUGUGGGGGCCCAGAGCCACAGCAGUGGUCGUUCAUAGGAAUUACUUUACUAUAUUUAGUAAUUGGUUGUUCCAUGUGGGUGAAAAGCAACAGAUUAAUUCUCAUUCAUGUGAAUCAAAAGCAAAUCUCUAUAAUUGUAAGGGUGGUGCAUUUGAGGAAACGCUUGCUGCAUUUUUCUCUGAUAGUGACAUCAGGACCUUUAGAGAGCUGUCAAUUGGGGAUAGCAGUGGAGACUGUGAGUCCAUGCGGCCUAUCAAAAGUAAUAUGAAGGCCAAUGAACUAAAUAGCAGCAUACUUCUGGUUAAGUCUCAAUUGGAGGCCCAGCUUAGUACCUACACUGGUUUAUGGAGCAUCUUUGAAAUUGUGGAAAAAUUUAGUGGAUCUUUGCCUAUUUAUCACCCUGAUGUACUCCUUAUUAAUAUAAGUUCAGGCAACUGGAAACGUGCAUAUGUGGCUGUGAGGCAUCUUUUUGAAUUUGUGAUUUCUAAUUAUACUCCUGAAAACAGUUAUAUCUCCAAAAAAAUUGGCCCUCCAGUGAUCUUAUUGUCGAAUUAUUUAGAAGGACUUAUUUCAGAAAGUUCCCAAGAUAGGGCAUUCCAAUGGAGUGUGGAUGCUCAAAGCCGCUUCAUGCAGUUUCCAUAUCAUUCAGGUUUCACUGUUGAAAAUACACCCUCAACAAAAUCUGAGCUCAAUGGCUUCAACAAAUUGCUCGAAAAUUUGCCUAACUUAGAAGCUAUUAUCAACAUAAAAAAGACACUGAUUCUUGCAGUUAUUGAUCUGCUCAGUGAAGUUAAUAGUGUACACUCAUCUUCUGCAUAUCAAAGUCUUGAUGAGCCUGGACGAAGGUUUUGGGUGGGAUUAAGGUUUCGGCAACUGCUUUUUGUCCGGACUUUUGGUAGAGUUGCAACUACAGAAGAGUUGAUAGUUAACUCAAGGCUGUUUGUAUGGGCUUACCACUCUGAUUGUCAAGAAAGUUUGUUUGGUUCUGUCAUACCUAGUGAACCAUCUUGGAAAGAAAUGCAAGCUUUGGGUAUUGGCUUUUGGUUUGCCAAUGUACCUCAAUUGCGUGCUAGGAUGGAGAAACUGGCAAGGGCACAGUAUUUGAAGAACAAAAAUCCUAAGGACUGUGCACUACUAUAUAUUGCACUAAAUAGGACUCAAGUAUUGGCUGGACUUUUCAAAAUUAGUAAGGAUGAGAAAGACAAGCCUUUAGUGGGAUUUCUCUCACGCAAUUUUGAGGAUGAGAAAAAUAAAGCAGCUGCUUUAAAAAAUGCUUAUGUCUUAUUGGGGAAGCAUCAUCUGGAACUGGCUAUUGCUUUCUUUUUGCUUGGAGGUGAUCAUUCUUCUGCUGUAAAUAUUUGUGCAAAGAACCUUGGAGAUGAACAACUUGCAUUAGUUAUUUGUCGACUUGUUGAGGGCCAUGGUGGAUCAUUGGAGCGUCACCUGAUAACAAAGUAUAUACUUCCAUCUGCAAUUGAAAAGGGGGACUUCUGGCUUGCAAGCCUACUGGAGUGGGAAUUGGGUAAUUACUAUCCAUCUUUUCGGAGAAUGCUAGAUGUUUCAAUAAAUCCUGUGGCUCAAGACCCCAUUGUUCUCUCCAACUGUGAUCCUUUUUUGGACCCAAACGUUGGCUUUUAUUGCCAAAUGCUUGCAACAAAGAAUAGUUUGAAGAAUGCUGUAGGGGAGCAAAAUUCAGCUAUCCUUCUGAGAUGGGCUACUCUUAUGACUGCAAUUGCCCUAAACAGAUGUGGUACUCCUCUUGAAGCAUUGGAGUGCUUCUCGUCUUCUAUGAGCAUGGUUGGGACUGCAGAUCAAGGGAGUGAGUUGGGUGCUGGAAAUGAGGCACUAUCUAGUAAUUUUAAUCCUUUGCCAAGAAAAUCAGCUAACUGGCUUUCUGCUGAUGUGUCUGUGCAUCUGGAAUUCCAUACUAAACUGAACUUGGCACUUCAGUAUUUAUCAAAACUGAUAAGAGAUCAUCCAAGUUGGCCAGAUAAGGUUGCAGGAUGUGAUGGGGAAUUGGCGUAUUCUGAUGAAACCAUUAUGCAGUAUGAUAAAUCACUUGAAAAUCUAAGGCAAAAAUUGUAUGCUGGGCUUGCUCUGUUUGAACAGAGGUUUUCAUUGGCUCCAUUCUGUUUACUAAGAAUGAUUUUACUCUCACUUUGCCAUCAGGGAUUACUGAACAUAGGAUAUGAUAUAGCAUUUGGUUGUGCUCCAGGAGAUCAAUCUCAUAAGAAUAAUGAUACAGUUGACGCUUCUGCAUUGUAUUGCUCCUGGCUUAGACCUCUUUACAAGUCUACAAUAGAAAUCUCCUAUUUCUUUUCAAGAUUCUUUCCUGCCUGCAGUAUGGGUAAUUCCCAACAAAUUUUAACUUUUUUUGAGAACAGUGCACAUAUUGAAAGUAAAUUAAAGUUUUCAAGUGCUUGGGAGUCUCACUUUGUUGAAGGUGUCCUGGUUUCGCUUUGGCAUUUAAAAGCCAUUUUGAGGAUCCGGUUUGGUUCUUUUAGCAAAAGUAUUAUGGAGAAAACUGUUGAUGUUCUUAAUCUGUUUGAGUAUUAUUUACGCUUUUCAUUAGCUUGGCUUCAAAAAAACUUAGAAGCUAUUUUUUUAAUGGUUCAACCUUUCUUGAUUGCUCAUGCUGAUGACCGUAACCCUUAUGAGGUUGAUAUCGUGAAUCUGAAGAAACUUAUCCCAAAAAUUAUGGAAUUGGAGGCUCAACAUUCUUUGGUAGACAAUGCCUUAAGAUGUGGACAAGAUGUACAUGUUGCGAAUGUAAAGCAGUUGAUUCCUGAUGAUGAAAAAUCGAUGAUUUUAGGGGCUUGCUUGUGGAAGCAAAUGUCUAGAUUCAUGAUAUAUAAUUUGAAUACUAUCCUUGACACACUUGAAGAUGAAGAUGGUAAUCCGUCUGGUUCUUUUCACAGAAAGUAUGAUUGUAAGGCAUCAACUCUCCUGGCUCUGGAUUCUGAUGGUAUCAACUCUCUGGAGCAGAUGAGGUUGGUUUCAUUGAGCUUAUGUGAGCUACUGAAGACAACUGUUACAUACACUUCCUCUUAUCAUAUCAAAAAACUUGCAGCAUUUCUCUGGCAGAAAUUGGAAAAUGAUCUGAGCAUAAUGACUUUUGAGUGGUUAAAAAGGCCUAGUUUGUCAGAGUCCAAUCAAGAUCAAAGUCAAGGGAUAAUCAAUUUGGAAUUUAACACAAAAGAUAACUACUCGAUUUAUCAAAUAUUAUGGGAUCACUGUGCUGAUCCAAAAUUGAUAUCUGACUGCUUUGCACAGGAAAAACUUGAUUGGUCAAAUUAUUUGGAUCAUUUUCCUACUAAAGGAUGGAAUGACAUGUAUAUAAAAUUGACAGAGCUACAUAAAACUGACGAUGCACAUGAUUAUGGAUGUAAGGUUGGCAUCAGUUCUAGUCAUGAAGUUGUGUCACCUGUUAAAAGAGCGUUUCAAGGUGCCCAUGCUUCUGUAAAUUCCCACCAGAAAGAUACAAGUAGUAAAAAUAUCACACUUUUCCAGAGUCCUAGAGAAAUACACAAAAGAAAUGGGGAACUGUUUGAGGCAUUGUGUAUAAACUCUACUAAUCAACGGGAAGCUGCACUUGCUAGCAAUCGGAAGGGCAUACUAUUCUUUCAUAUGGAUGACGGGAUACCUUCUGGUGAUAAAUCAGUUCAUUUGUGGUCUGAGGCUGAUUGGCCACAAAAUGGGUGGGCAGGUUCGGAAUCCAUUCCAGCUCCAACAUGUGUUUCCCCUGGUGUUGGUCUUGGGAGCAAGAAAGGGGCACACCUUGGGCUGGGUGGAGCCACAGUUGGUGUGGACCUUUCAGCAAGGCCUAGCAGAGACUUUACAGUUGGUGGAGCAUUUGGCAUUUCCAAAUAUGCUGGAACUGGGGCUGCUAGAUUAGGUUGGGAAAUUCAGGGGGACUUUGAAGAUUUAGUCGAUCCACCAGCAACUGUGGAAAACAUAAGUACAAGGACAUUGUCCAGUCAUCCAUUAAGGCCACUCUUUUUGGUUGGUUCAAGCAAUACGCACAUUUACCUGUGGGAGUUCAACAAAGAUAAAGCUAAAGCUACGUAUGGAGUUCUUCCUGCUGCUAAUGUGCCUCCACCAUAUGCUUUAGCUUCUGUAUCAGCUUUAAAGUUUGAUCACUAUGGACACCGAUUUGCAACUGCAGCGUUAGAUGGAACUGUCUGCACAUGGCAGCUAGAGGUAGGAGGAAGGAGCAAUGUUCGUCCAACAGAAUCAUCCCUCUGCUUCAAUGGUCACUCGUCGGAUGUAACUUACUUUCCUUCAAGUGGAUCAAUAAUGGCUGUGGCUGGAUAUAGCUCAAAUAAUUUCAAUGUGGUUAUAUGGGAUACUCUAGCUCCUGCAACAACCUCUCGAGCUUCAAUUUUAUGUCAUGAAGGUGGUGCUCGCUCCCUUUCUGUAAUAGAUAACGACUUAGGAAGCGGUUCUAUUUCCCCUCUUAUUGUGACUGGUGGAAAAAAUGGUGACGUUGGAAUUCAUGACUUCCGUUACAUAGCUACUGGAAAAGCUAAAAGGCACAGGUACGCUGAUAACAGCAUCCAAAGCACCCCCAAGUCAUUGAAUUCUGACAAGGACAAGAAUGUAAAUGGGAUGCUUUGGUAUAUUCCGAAGGCUCACUCAGGGAGCAUCACAAAAGUAGCUGCCAUCCCAAAUACCAGCUUGUUUUUGACUGGUAGUAAGGAUGGAGAUGUCAAACUCUGGGAUGUCAAGAGCACCCAGUUAGUCUAUCAGUGGUCAAAAUUGCAUGAAAAGCACACCUUCUUGCAGCCAAGCUCUCGUGGAUUUGGGGGUGUUGUUCGGGCUGCUGUUACAGACAUCCAAGUUGUUUCUCAUGGUUUUCUUUCGUGUGGUGGGGAUGGAACUGUCAAGUUGGUGCCCCUGAAUAGGAACAUGCUUCGUCACGAAGUUAAAUUAUGAUGCGUCUGAGGCACAUGCUCGGGAUUUUUUCCAUGCUACAAAUAUAUUUCAUAAGGGCAUAAGCAGUGAGAAGUUUCUAAGACUAUAUGGAUAACUGACUCAAGCGCUGGCAUAAGAUGGUGCCAUUUUUGCAAGAAGGAAUUCUCCAGUACAUCCAGAGACCACAGAUAUGUUAGCUCCUAUACAGAACGAGGAAGCAGUCCUUAACUUGGACGAGUAAUGCAUCCUGUAUCAUGAACUUCUCAUCCAUGUGAACGCAUCACUUAUUUGAACAGCAUAUAUACAUAUAUAUAUAUAUAUGUAUAUAUUGACGCUGACUUCGCUCCUUCCUUUCUGAGAAAAACCAUAGUUCUCUCAAGGUAAGGAAGCCCUGAGGCUGACAAGAUUUUUAGAGAAUGCUAGUAUUUUCGUUGUUGGUUUUGGUUGGAAUUGUUAAGGUAGUCUAGAGGGUGCUAGUUUGGCCUUUUCUGACUGUUAGGCUUCUCCGUUGCCUAGGGUCUAUGUCCAUCUGUAAUCAUGCCUUACGGUUCGUAUGUAAAAGGGAAUUCUUUCAUUUACUUCAAGUUAUAGAAUUGAUAAUAUACACAAACUCUGAGAGUGAGUUGGUGGAAUUUAUGAUGGUGAGAUUAAUUGACGCAUCAGCUUUAUAAUAAGCUUGCUCUUCCCACUA